UGCGGAACCCAUCUGUACCUCCCUCUUCCUUGUACGAUAACCACCAAUCGUCGUAUGAUGACUACGAACGCCGUCCGCGAUUUUUAUGGCCAGGUCACCGAGACCGCGACUGGCACCGGGCAGUAUAAUGCCCGUGUCGCUGAGGCCUUUGGCUAUUCGACAGAGGAGCUGUCUGCUAUCCCCUCUGAUGCUAAUCUCGGGCUGUCGUGCGGUAAUCCUAUUGCUACGGCAAACCUGAAGGAGGGAGAAACCUUCGUCGACCUCGGCUCCGGAGCUGGUAUCGAUGUCUUUCUUGCUGCGCGCAAGGUUGGCGAGCGGGGAAAGGCCAUCGGCGUCGAUAUGACGGACAAGAUGCUCGACCUCGCCAAGCGCAACUCUGCAAAGGGAGGGUACACGAACGUCGAAUUCGUCAAAUCCCGCAUCACCGCCAUCGCCCUCCCCGACGCUUCCGCCGACAUCGUCUCCUCCAACUGCGUCAUCAACCUCGUCCCCCACGCCGAGAAGCCCCUCGUCUUCCGCGAGAUCUUCCGCGUCCUCAAGCCAGGCGGGCGCAUGGCCGUGUCGGAUAUCCUCACCAAGACCGAUUUACCUGACUUCAUCCGGGAGGAUCUGACGCUGUACGUGGGGUGCAUUGCGGGGGCGGCGAAGCCCGGGGAGUAUGAUGGGUGGAUGAGGGAGGCGGGGUUUGAGGAUAUCGCCAUCGUGGACACGCAGAAGGAUCUGAACGUCUACCAGAGCGACAAGGAGAGUGUCGGUUGCUGCGGCAAGGGCUCGACGUGCGGAACCAAGAAGGAGUCGGAGGAGAAGGCGACGAACAUCGACUUCAACGAAUACGUCGGCUCGUUCCAGAUCUACGCUGUCAAGCCGUGAAUGUGUUGUCAUUUCCUGUACUUGUAUGAAGUGGAAACCCCGUUACUUGCGGUCUUCAAGGCAGAUGCGUAGACCCGUCGAACAGCACAUUUAGCCAUGCAGCCAAGCGAUAUCCCUGUUUCGCGACCUGUAUUUCGAUCUAUAACACACGCGUCAAUUCUCCCUUCAUGUCACUCUUCCAACAGACGAGGCACAAACGAUAUACUCACAUCCUUCAC